AUGCCUUUUGAAGCCCGGGUCAAGUCUGUCCUGUCCGGCGAUACUGUCGUGCUGUCGCAUGUCACCAAUCCGUCACAAGAGCGCGUCUUGAGUUUGGCCUAUGUCUCUGCUCCUAGAUUAAGGAGGGAAGGUGAUGAGGCUUUCGCUUUCCAAUCCCGUGAAUUCCUCCGUGAGCUCCUUGUCGGCAAGGUUAUCGAAUUCCAAGUUCUCUACACCAUUCCCACCGGCGCCAAGCGCGACUACGGUAUCAUCAAGUUGCCUGGAUUUGAUGCCUCAUUGCCCGAUAUUAGCGUCCAGGAGGGCUGGACUAAGGUCCGCGAGGAGGCAGGAAAGCGCGGGGAUGAGUCUGAGGAGACUGCUGGACUCCUCGCCCGCCUACGUGCUCUUGAGGCCCUUGCCCAGGAUGAAGGAAAGGGAACCUGGGCUAGUGGUGACAAUGGCCAGAUCGACAACACCUAUGAAUUGACCGGUGCUCGGGAAUUGGUUCGCCAAAAUAUGGGUCAGCAGUUGGAGGGUAUCAUCGAGAAGGUUUUGAACGGUGACCGUAUUGUGUUGCGUUUGUUGCUCCAGCCCAAGGAGCACAUUCAAACUGUUAUUGCGAUUGCUGGUAUCCGUGCGCCUUCAGCUAAGCGCACGACCGAGGGCAAGGAGGCGGCUGCUGAGCCGUUCGGCGAUGAGGCACAGGAGUUCGUCGAGUCACGACUUUUGCAGCGUAAGGUGAAGGUCUCCCUGCUCGGUGUUACGCCACAGGGCCAGAUGGUUGCCACUGUUCUGCACCCCAACGGAAAUAUCUCUCGCUUCCUCCUUGAGGCUGGUCUGGCCCGCUGCCAGGAUCACCACUCUACUCUCCUGGGCCCCGACAUGGCUCUCCUCCGUCAAGCCGAGCUGACUGCCAAGGCAGACCGCAAGGGAUUGUGGGUUAACCACAGUGGAGCCACGACUGCCGGUGCUGCUGCCGUCGACUACGUUGUCACUCGUGUGCAGAAUGCCGACACCUUGUUCAUCCGCAACAAGGCCGGUCAGGAGAAGAAGAUCAGCCUCGCCAGUAUUCGUCAACCUAAGCCUUCCGACCCCAAGCAGGCUCCUUUCGCUGCCGAUGCUAAGGAGUAUCUCCGCAAGCGCGUGAUCGCCAAGCACGUCAUGGUCACUGUGAACGGCAAGAAGCCCGCCAACGAGGGAUACGAAGAGCGCGAGGUCGCUACCGUUGUCCAGGGUAACACCAACGUCGCAGUCGCCCUUGUGCAGGCUGGAUACUCUUCUGUCAUCCGCCACCGUAUGGAUGAUGCCGAUCGCUCCCCGGAUUACGAUGCUCUGCUCGCCGCCGAGGCUGACGCCCAGAAGGAAGGCCGUGGAAUGUGGUCCCCCAAGCCCCCCAAGGCCAAGCAAGUCGUUGACUACUCAGAGACCGUGCAAAAGGCCAAGCUUGAGCUCGGUAUCUUGCAGCGCCAGAAGCGCGUUCCGGCCGUUGUUGACUUUGUCAAGUCUGGUUCCCGCUUUACCAUCCUUGUUCCUCGUGAUAACGCCAAGCUCACCCUUGUUCUCUCUGGUAUCCGAGCUCCUCGUUCUGCUCGUGGCCCCAGCGAUGCUGGUGAGCCAUUUGGCCAGGAAGCUCACGACCUGGCUAACCGCCGCGCCCUUCAGCGUGAUGUCGAAAUUGACGUUGAGACUAUCGACAAGGUCGGUGGUUUCAUCGGAAGCCUGUACAUCAACAAGGAGAACUUCACCAAGGUCCUGCUAGAAGAGGGUCUGGCUACCGUCCACGCAUACUCGGCCGAGCAGUCUGGUCACGCCACUGAGUACUUCGCUGCGGAGCAGCAGGCCAAGGAUGCCCGCAAGGGCCUCUGGCACGACUAUGAUCCCUCCAAGGAGGCUGCCGAGGCCGAAGAAGCCGAGGCCGCCAAUGGAACCGGCACCGAGAGUGACGCCGCCCCUGCCCAGCGCCGCAAGGACUAUCGCGACGUUAUGGUCACCUACAUUGACCCUGCCUCUGCCAAGCUUAAGCUGCAACAAAUCGGUACCGGUACCAAUGCUCUCACUGAGCUUAUGAGCGCAUUCCGUGCUUUCCAUAUCAACAAGGCGAACGACACUCCUCUCUCCGGCCCACCCAAGGCCGGCGACUGGGUUGCUGCUCAAUUCACCGAAGAUGGCAACUGGUACCGUGCCAAGGUUCGCCGCAACGACCGCGAGAACCAGACUGCUGAAGUUGUCUACAUUGACUUCGGUAACUCUGAAUCUCUUCCCUGGGCUAAGCUCCGCCCUCUCACCCAGCCGCAGUUCUCCAGCCAGACUCUGCGACCUCAGGCUGUUGAUGCGGUCCUGUCCUUGAUGCAGUUCCCUACUUCAGAGGACUACCUUGAGGACGCUAUUGGCUUCAUUGGUGAUCAGACUUUCGACCGCCAGCUUGUCGCUAAUGUCGACCACGUUGAUCAGGACGGUACCCUCCACGUCACCCUCCUCGACCCUGCCGCUUCCAAGAACUUGGACAACAGCAUCAACGCCGAUGUCAUCAGCGAGGGCUUGGCUAUGGUGCCCCGCAAGCUGAAGAACUGGGAGCGUGCCUCCGUCGACACCUUGACCAACCUGCGCACACUCGAAGAUGAGGCCAAGGCUGAGCGCCGUGGUAUUUGGGAAUACGGUGAUCUCACCGAGGACUAA